AUGCAGGCGUACGACUCAAUCGACCACGAGUACCUGGCAAGGGUUAUAGACACCCUUUACCUACCAGAGUGGUUAUCAAACUUCAUCAAGCAGACGACCAAGAGGUGGAAUAUAGAGAUACGGUGGAACAAGAACACAAUCAUGCACAAGAAAGUAGAGAGGGGCAUCCUUCAAGGCUACAGCCUAUCGCCCCUUCUCUUAAUGCUGUGGUUGGCACCGCUGAUAUCGUAUAUCGAGUGCUUGAACUGUCCUCUACACCAUCGUUCCCAAUCCUAA